AAUAUACUGCUACCGACCACAGUUUAAAAAACACUCGCGGAAUUACAUCCAUGUCUGUGAGAGUAUAAACCUACAAUGAAUCCACUCACAAAGGUGAAGCUGAUCAAUGAACUAAAUGAAAGAGAAGCUGAUCUGGGAAUAAAAGACUCAGUGUCAUGGCAUGUUCAGUACAGGGACAGCGCCUGGAUCUUCAUUGGUGGAUUUCCAUUCGAUUUGACAGAAGGAGACAUCAUCUGUGUUUUCUCUCAGUAUGGUGAGAUUGCCAACAUUAACUUGGUGCGAGAUAAGAAGACGGGCAAGUCGAAAGGGUUUUGCUUCCUGUGUUACGAGGAUCAAAGAAGCACAAUCCUAGCAGUGGAUAACUUUAAUGGCAUGAAGAUCAAAGGUCGGACAUUACGAGUGGACCAUGUGGCAAAUUAUCGCCCCCCUAAAGAUUCCGACGACAUUGACGAUAUAACCAAAAAGCUUAGGGAGGAAGGGUGUGCUCCCAAAGUGCCCUCUUCACCCGCGUCUUUAGAAGAUUCCCUCCUGCCUGCCAAGAAACCAAAAAAAGAUAAAAAAGAAAAGAAGAAGAAAAAGAAGGAAAAGAAAGAAAAGAGGAAGGCCACAGAAGCUGAAUCUCCAUCCACUUCACCAGUACGGGUAAAGAAGGAGAAGGAGGACACAGGCUAUGAGAAGUACACCCUGAAAGGGGCACCAGAGUCCAGAGGUCAAGAGAUGAGAAACCAGCAGGACAGACCAGAGGAACCGGACAGGUCCAGAUCUCAGCAUGGAAGUGAAAGGAGAGACAGAGAGGAAGAAAGAAGGACGGACAGGAGUAAAGACAACAGCGAUAGGGAACGAGGCAGAGAAGGUGAGCGUGAGAGAGACAGCAGGGGGAGUGAAAAUUACAGAGAACGGGAACAAGAGCGAGACAGAGGAGAUAGGGAACCAGAAAGGGAUAGGGGCAAAAAGAGAGAGCGAGAUACAGACAGAUACAGAGAGAGGGACAGUGGUAGGGAAACAGAAAGAGAAAGGGACCAAGAUAAAGAGAGAAAUUAUAAAGAAAGAGAAAGGGAGAAGGGGAGCGAUCGGGAAAGAGAUAGAGAUGCUGACAGAAAACAUAACUAUGACAAAGAAUACAGGCACCACUGAAACAAGACUUGAAUGUUUUUUAUACAUGCAUAAUUGAUUUGACGUAGAAAGAUUUUAAUAUUAAUACAAAUGAUACAAGUGAAACAAAACACAAAAGUGAUUUAGUGGUAGUACAUUGUUUUAUUUCCUCUCAGCAAAAACAAAAUGGUGUCAUUUUAUUUUUGUAAAAUCGUAUGCAGUGUUAAUGGAAGAUAAGCUGGUAAAUAAAAGUAAAAACAUAAGGUUAUUAAAAUUUAGAGGUGAUGCAGGAUUUUUACUUUCAGAUAACAGGAUGUAAAAUAGGUUAUGUAUUAUUUUUUCCACAUGUACAAGGGUUCAUUUCAUAAAUGCAAAGGCCUAAUUGUUAUAAUUU